GCAGUGAGAGGAAGUGACGUUGAUCCAGAAAGUAUCCCGGGCGCUAUUGAGACUGAGUUUGGGUUUAGAGAGGAACGUCACCGAGGAGCGGCUCAGCGUACCGAGCAGGGAGAGCAAGCGAGCAGCGAGUGUGGAGUCAGGCUCGCAGUCGUGGUCUGUGGAGUGAGCUGAACGAUGGCGGGAUUCAGACAAGAAAAUGUGGAAGAUUACUAUGAGAUGGGAGAAGAGCUUGGAAGCGGCCAGUUUGCCAUUGUGCGGAAGUGUCGGGAGAAAAGCACCGGGGUUGAAUAUGCGGCAAAGUUUAUCAAAAAGAGGCGCCUCUCUUCAAGCCGGCGGGGUGUGAGCCGGGAAGAAAUCGAGCGGGAGGUGAACAUCUUGCGUGAGAUUCAGCACCCCAACAUCAUCACUCUGCAUGACAUCUUUGAGAACAAGACUGACGUCAUCCUCAUACUGGAGCUGGUGUCUGGCGGAGAGCUGUUUGACUUCCUGGCUGAAAAGGAGUCCCUCACGGAGGAGGAGGCCACGCAGUUCCUCAAACAGAUCCUCGAUGGUGUCCACUAUCUGCAUUCUAAAAAGAUUGCUCACUUUGAUCUCAAGCCUGAAAACAUCAUGUUACUGGAUAAAAACGUCCCCAAUCCUAGAAUCAAGCUGAUCGACUUUGGAAUUGCUCAUCAGAUCUUGGAUAACAAUGAAUUCAAGAACAUUUUUGGAACUCCAGAAUUUGUUGCUCCUGAAAUUGUGAAUUAUGAGCCACUGGGCUUGGAGGCAGACAUGUGGAGCAUUGGCGUCAUUACUUAUAUUCUCCUCAGUGGUGCUUCACCCUUCCUUGGUGAGACCAAGCAGGAGACUCUGACGAACAUCUCGGCUGUGAACUACGAUUUUGACGAAGAGUACUUCAGCAACACGAGUGAGCUGGCCAAAGACUUCAUCCGCAGGUUGUUGGUCAAAGACCCUAAAAAGCGAAUGACAAUUGAAGGCAGCCUGCAGCAUCCCUGGAUUAAGGUGAUCAAGAGGCGGAAUGUCCGGCAGGAGGACAGCGGCAACAAGCCCGAGCGGCGCAGGCUGAAGACCACCCGGCUGAAGGAGUACACCAUCAAGUCGCAUUCCAGCAUGCCACCCAACAACACCUACGUCAACUUUGAGCGUUUCUCCAAAGUAAUGGAGGAGAUCACGGCGGCCGAAGAGGGACUGUGCGAGCUGGAACGCAACAAGCGCUCCUGCCAGGAGGACAUUGCGGCCUUGCUGUCCAUCUACGAGGAGAAGGAGUGCUGGUACAAAGAGGAGAAUGAGAGCAUCGAGGGCGACCUCAGCCAGAUCCGCCUCGAGCUCCAGCGUACCGAGGCUCAGCGCCGGCAGAACCAGGAGGAGAUCCGUUCAGCUCUGCAUUCGGCGAAUGUUCUGAAGCGGCGCUUUGGUCGCCUGGAGAACCGCUUUGAGGCCCUGGCGGAGCAGGUGGCCUCAGAGAUGAAGUGGGUGGAAGAACUCGUGCGCACCAUCGAGCAGGAGAAGCCGCCGAAUGUCAUCCUGCGCUGAAGGUGAAGUGCCUAUGGCCGUGAAUUAAGGCAGAGUAGAGUGCAUGUGUAAGAAACUCUGGGCAUGUCUCUGGUGCCCACUCUGCCAGCCUAACCGUUUAUUUCAAAGUGCAGAUCCGUAACAUCCUGUUGCCCUCGUUUGACCAUUUUUAUCAUUUUCUGUGGCUGUUUUUCCUUUUCAUCGGAGGGCUUUGAAAGUAUUCAGUAGCUCCCUCCAUGCGCUCAUCUUCUAAAGAUGCACAGCAGUCAUCUUGUUUGAGCAAAUCCUUCGGCGGACGCCAAGCCCCCCACAGUCUGGUAUUGCACUGCCCGUUUGCAGUGUUUCAGUCCUGCCAUCUCUGUUAAAGACCAGGCUGUUUAAGCUGUAGGUGCCACUGAUGCGUUUGACAAGUUGACAGAGUUAAGUAGCUGAAGGACCAGACUUAAGGUGACAAGAAACCAGGGCUACCACCUGCACACAGAUGGGGUCAAGAUAAGUCGCUCUAAAGCAUUUGAAGUGCCACGUUGCCAGGAAUAUUGCACCUUAAAAAGAAAAUGUCAGAUAGGCCUGAGUGCCCUUGACGCCAAACCGAAGUGCACUUCCCACUUUGGACCCAUUGGUUGGCACAGCGGGCUGGCGUGUCCAGAGAGGUUUGCAUUCCCAGCAGUGACCUGCGCCGAUUCGUUCUUUGUGAGCCGUGUGGGCGCCAGUCUUGGCUGUGCCCGCACGCUUCGUUGUCUGCAGAUAAUUGUGGUUUGGUAUCUUCUUGUCGUCUUGCAUAUGUCUGUCUCAUGCCAUUCCUUUAUUGUUGUUGUUCUGCACAGUUUUACUUGCCUGACCUUUGACCUCUGCUUCUGAAUGUCUUUUUAUGCGUUAUGUAUGCCUACGUAAAGGAACGGACUAUUUAUUCAUUAAAUGACGGCUUUUUAUAAAA